AUGUACUUGCAGAAACAAUUUGAUCAAAAGUUUAUCCGUGAUUUCGUGUAUGCCAUGUCACAUGGCAAUUCAAUCCUGAAGAAGAGUGAUAAAAACACUCCUAAGGAAAAUGGCAAGAUCUUUAAUCUUGCAAAGAGUUUGGUACAUCACAAUGGAUAUGCCAUCAGCUCAAACCCUGCCGCCAACGAAGAAGCUGUCCCCAAAGAGAAAAAACGUAAAACAGACAAGGAUGAGAAGAAUAACAGAGAACGUAAGACUCCAAAGAAUAUGGAAUCCUCCGACGGACAUGUCCCCAACACAAGCUCUGUCUACCAUACGGCGAUUGACAACGACACGGAGUCUGACAGUGAUCCAGAGCUUUUGGAACUGGUUUAG